AUGCCUCACUCACCGUAUCAUCUGUGCCAGUCUGCCAGGCUGAGUAUUGCUCUCUUAGCGCUCUCGGUGAGUAUAUUGACAUGCGCGGACGUCCUUGCUGGAGUACAGGUAGAGGAUUCUGCUCCAGAAAUCCUGUACGUGCGCGGCUGCCGCGACGGUGCGGCAGAAGCACGGGAGACGACCGGGUGCUUUGCAACACGCGUCGGCGUGUCCGCGUCCUCGUCGCCUUCAUCGGUCCCAAUCGCGAGUGUGAGGCUCUCCUUGCAGGGCGUGCACCUUCCUUCCGAGGUGCGAGACUUGGACAACGGUGACUCACAGGCGGUACUGCACCGGGUGCUGCUGCAGGAGCACCGCCGUCCACCGCUCCUGGGCCAGGCGCAAAGCGAUGCCGACACACGUUUGCUUGAGAAGAUUGUUUUGACCUGCAACCAACCCACUGCUUCGCCGGUGUUCCCUACGCAGCUCAUAUCAUGCGAGCUGGCAAACCCGCUCCUCAGCCUCGCUGGUGUGGAGGGCAUGGCGCCGCAGCUGAUGCGGCUGGUGAGCCAACCGGUGUGGUUCGAUGUGCGCCUUGAGGAGCGACGCAGCGGUGAGGAGGUGUACCGAGCCAUUAGCGUGCUGCGCCGUGCCGUGGAGUUGCGAGUGACGAACAUGACAAGAACCGAAGGCGAGCCGGCGGCCGAGGCGCUGCAUAGGGAAGCGAAGAGAGUAUCAUGGGAAGAGGUGCGUCAGCACCCACUCGAACGUCUGUACGCGCCUUCUUCCGCGUCUCAGGACUCUGCCAGGCUCGCAGGCAAGUCACGCAGCGGCGCGAAGGACCCAUUCGACAGCGACCCCGCAACGAGUGGCGAGGAGGUGUGGGUGGAGCUCGGCAUCGGCGGCCUCAAGCGCGAGCUUCACACGCUCUUCCGCCGCGUCUUUCUCUCUCGGCUUCCAUCUCUAGCGCCGCUCACCGAGGCAUUGCAGCUACAGCACGUGCGUGGCGUUAUUCUCUACGGACCGCCUGGGAACGGCAAAACACUCAUUGCGCGCAACUUAUUCCGCGUGCUGAGUCCUGACACGCGCCUCUCCGUCGUGAACGCGGCCGACAUCUUGUCAAAGUUUGUCGGGGAGUCGGAAAAGAACUUGCGUGACGUGUUCGAGGGGUAUGCCAUCGGCACGAGAUCCGCGGAGGAGACGGCGCAGCACGAGAGCGGUCAAACAUCCCGCUCAGCGCCCAAGGCCAGUGACCCCAAGAAGAAAGGCGCGCUGCUGGUCCUCGUGAUUGACGAGUUCGAGGCACUCUUCCGCCGCCGCGGCCACUCCAGCGAUGAGAGCUCUGCCAAAGCAGUCUAUGACGGUGUCACUAACACACUGCUGUCUCUCAUGGACGGCGUGAAGAGCCGGAACGACCUUCUGGUUGUUGGCCUGACAAAUCGGCUGCAGGCGAUUGACCCGGCGCUGCUUCGUCCGGGCCGCUUCGAGGUGCUCAUCGAGAUCCCCGCGCCGGACCUCUAUGGCCGCGAGGACAUUUUUUUCAUUCAUACAGAGCGGCUGCGAGAGCAGAACUUCCUCGCACCCGACGUGACGCUGCGAGAUCUGGCACUGGAGAGCGGCGGGUUCUCUGGGUCUGACAUCGCCGGCACGGUGCGCUCUGCCCUGAGCUACGCGUUGCUGCGGUAUCGCAAGGAUGGUCUUUUCCAGGGCACCCCGGAGAGCACGGAGGCCGGCGAGGGGUCGUCUGGCGUAGCGGACGCGGAGAUGAUUGGCCACCGCGUAAGCGGCGUUGACGGGUGUGAGCUGGAGGGCACAGGAGAGAAUGACAGUAUGGCUUCCACGGCUUCGUCGCCUUCACCGUUUCAAGUAACGCUGUCGGACUUUCAGCGCGCCAUCAAGGACAUCCGCAGCGCCAAAGACGAGGCUUCUGUGUUGUCGCAGCUCUCCACGGACAGCGAGGGGUCUGGCACCGAGGUUGUCGACCACGACGGCACCGUGAGCAAGAACAUCAAGAGGGCGACUGCGGUGAUUGAGAGCGUGAUGCAGAGCAACCGCACCGUGACGGGGAUGCUCGCCAUCACAGGACCCCCAGGCACCGGCAAGUCUACCCUGGCCCGAGUCCUCACCCGUGUCUACGACUUUACGACGGUGCGCUACCUCUCCUGCCGUCGUCUGGCGCAGCUGCCUGAUCACGAGGAGCAGCUGGCAAAGCUUCGGGAUGCUCUCCACGAAGCGUCGCACACAGAACGUGGGAUCGUGGUCCUUGACGACUACGACGUUCUUGUCGAUGUCAUGGGUACGGGUGGGUACGCCGCGAACACGCUGCGCGCCUUGCUGUACGAGUACAUGCACCGCCCGGGGGGAGUGAGUCGCGCCUUGGUUGCGAACUCUCCUUUGAGGGGUGCUGAGGAGGCCGGCGGCAGCGUAGUUCCGAAUGCUGAAAGCCGUGUCUCAGUUGAUCGAAGCCACCGUGUGCUGGUGCUCACGUCUUCCCUCUCGUCGGUGCUGCAGCCGCUCUCUUUUGAUGCACACCUGCGCGUUCAUACAGUGCUGCGGCGCGGAGCAGAAGCUCUGCUGCAGGAAUACCGCGUGGUGGACCCGGCGCAUACAGUCAAGGCGGCAGCGGCCUACCCGGUGUCGAUGAGCUACCGCACCUUCCUGCGCAUCACGGACAUGUCCCUGCAGCGGUGGGUGCAGGAGGUUGAAGACGCCGCCGGCACCAAGGAGGACUCGUCGUUGAGCGAUGUGGGGUCGGCGGAGUCGCCGAUGAAGUUGCCGGCGUACUUUGUAGCAUCUGAUGAGAUGCACACCGUCUACACCGAGAUGCACGCGAAACAGGUGAUUGAGAACUUUUAUGCGGUGACCGGCGAUGCAGCCAGUCGCCGCUUUGUUUCCGCAGUGCGCGCCACAGUCACCAAUAUGGGUUUAAUGGACCCGUACCAGGGCUGGGGCGGCGAGGAUAGCGACCACAACGGCGAAGAGGAGGGCACGGGAGAUGUAGACGAACUUGUGGGUGGUGCGGAUGAGGUGCUGUGGUAG